GAUAAGAGAAGAGAAGACAGAAGUCCCUCCCAGACAAAACGACCGCGUUCAAUCCCCUCGCCCAGAAUCUGAAAAACCCAAACAGCGAGCAUAGAAUGGCAGACGAACAUGUCGAAGCCGAUAACGCAGAGGCCAUUAUCGCCCGAAUCGAGCACAAAUCUCGAAAGAUCGAAAGCCUACUCAAACAGUACAGACCCGUCGAAGCUCUCAAAACCGCCCUCGAAGGCUCGCCUCCCAACACCAAAGACGAACGAUGCAAGUCUGCGAAUUGGAUAAUGGUGCAUAGAGCUAUUAUGGCGAUUAAAGAUGUUGAAGGAAUGUUUUCUUCUUUGGAUCCUGAGUACUAUGACAUUCUCAUGAAGUACUUAUACAGAGGCUUGUCAACUGGAGAUCGUCCCACAUGCGACCAGUGCCUUCGAAUUCAUGAAAAACUGACCGAGAUAGCUGGUCUGGGAUGCAUACUACGUUCCCUUUCAGACACUGUUAAUACAGUAUGAUUUCUAUCAGUUCCUUCGAUAAACAUUAGUAAGGUUGAUAUUCUUGCUUAAAUGUACAUUAAACUAGAACAUUUGGGGCUUCACUGUAACUUACUGCAAAUGCUCAUACAGAAAGUUUUGUAUCAUGGUGCUGAUUUUUCUGCCUGAGCAAAGUCUCAAUAUCAAAUCCUUUGUGGUGCU